AAAAAUUAAUUGCUGGAUUAUAUAUACAUACGCAGGCACAACUCGAAAACACUGCAUCAUCAUCUUCUACCUGCCUCCUCCCUCUCUAAUCUUCUAUUUUUCCCUAUUGCAGUCUGCAAGUGGGUUUUUCUUUUCUUGAAAAACACGACUUUUUUCUGGACUUUCUUGAAUUCUAAUCUGGGUUUUGCUCGUCUUGUUGGAAAGUCCCAUCCUUUUUACUCGGUUAUCUGAGUUGUCUUCUGAAAAACAGCAGACAUGUCUACUCUUGUAAAUCGCAGUGGUGAUGAUGAAUUCUACACUGGCAGCUCAUUAUGUUCUGCGGAUUUAGGCCUUAUCUUAUCCCUCGGUUAUACCGAUGUUUACUGCCCACCUAAGAAGCGGGCCCGACUCCCUUGUUCGUUCAUCGUUGAAGAACAUGAAAAGAAACCAUCGAUCGAAAUCCUUCCCGACGAGUGCUUGUUUGAGAUCUUUAGGCAUCUGCGUGGAAGUCGUGAAAGGAGUGCUUCUGCUUGUGUUUCCAAGCGCUGGCUCAUGCUAUUGAGUAGUCUCCGCAGUUCUGAAAUAUGCAAGGGCAGGGACCACCUAUUUGAAGAAAAAUGUUCUGAAAUUGAGCAUGGACACCUAACUAGGUCUCUGGAAGGAGAAAAGGCUACAGAUAUUAGUCUUGCCGCCAUUGCUAUUGGGACUUCGAGCUGUGGUGGACUCGACAAGCUUUCUGUCAGAGGGAGGAACUUUACGAACAUUGGUUUAUCAGCAAUUGCACGGGGUUGUCCUGACCUCAAGGCCCUCUCCCUAUGGAAUGUGCCUUCCGUUGGAGAUGAAGGUCUUAUAGAGAUCGCAAACGAAUGCCAUUCAUUGGAGAAGCUCGAUCUUUGUCAAUGUCCUGUAAUUUCUAGUAAAGGUCUAGUUGCAAUUGCCGAAAAAUGUAAUCUAACUUCUUUAACGAUUGAAUCAUGCCCUAAUAUAGGGAAUGAAGGACUCCAAGCCAUUGGAAGGCACUGUACUUUAUUGCAGUCGAUAACCAUCAAGGACUGCCCUCUUGUUGGAGAUCAGGGUGUUGCCACUCUUCUAUCAACGAGUCCUUCCGUCCUAACAAGAGUUAAACUUCAAGGUUUAAAGAUCACAGAUUUCUCACUUGCUGUCAUCGGACAUUAUGGGAAGGCAAUCUCAUCCCUUGCUCUUGGUUCACUUCAGAACGUGAGCGAAAAAGGUUUCUGGGUAAUGGGUAAUGCUCAAGGUCUGAAGGCUGUAACUUCUUUGACGAUCACUUCAUGUAGGGGAACGACAGAUGUUAGUCUCGUAGCUUUGGGCAAAUGUUGUUCGAACCUGAAACAUACGAGCCUACGCAAGUGUUGCUUCGUGUCUGACCAUGGACUGGUCGGAUUCACCAAUGCUGCUUCUGGAACCCUAGAAAGCUUGCAGUUGGAAGAAUGCAAUGGGAUCACUCAAAUAGGGGUUCUCAACGCACUUUCUAAUUGUGAUAAGUUAAAGUCACUUUCUUUGGUAAAAUGCAUCAGUAUAAAGGAUAUAAUGACAGAAAUGCCCUUGUUACUGCCUCCAUGCAAAUCUCUGAAGUCAUUGUCCAUCCAAAAUUGCCCUGGCUUUGGCAGUACAAACUUGGCUAUGGUGGGGAAGCUCUGUCCUCAAUUACUCCACCUGGACCUCAGCGGACUGUGCGGGAUAACAGAUGCCGCUCUUCUCUCCCUUCUAGAGAGUUCUGAGGCAGGACUGGUCAAGGUCAACCUCACUGGUUGCCUAAAUCUCUCAGAUGAGGUGGCAUUUGCCCUGUCGAGGUGGCACCGUCAGACACUUAAAGUGCUAAAUCUUGACGGCUGCAUGAAGAUGACAGAUAAGAGCUUAGUGGCACUGGCUGACACCUGUCCCUUUCUUAAUGACCUCAGAUGUUUCAAAAUGUUCUAUAUCUGAUUCCGGUGUGGCUGCUUUAUCUCGUGGUAUACAGAUGAAUUUGGAGAUUCUUUCCCUCUCAGGUUGCUUUAUGGUAUCAAACAAGAGUGUUUCUUCCCUUAGAAAAUUGGGGAAGAAUCUGCUCGGUUUGAAUCUCCAACAUUGUAAAGGCAUGAGCACUACUGCCAUUGAACUUCUAGUGGAGAACUUGUGGAAGUGUGAUAUCCUUUUUUAAGACUAUAUAAGGUGUUCCGGUAUGAAGUCGUGUACCACAUUGGAAAAAGAAGAGAGUAUCCAAUUUACUCCAUACAUUGAGGCCUUUCGAAAAGUAUCCAAAAACAAAUCCAUGCAGGCUUGGCCCAAAGGGGGCAUUGCACUUAAAAGGGAUUCAUGGGUUAAUGAUACUCCAACGUCUGAGCUGUAUUAAUCAUGAAGCUCUAGCAUAAAGUUUUCCAUGUGUCUUUUUGCAGGCUUAUCGAAAGUCCUGUUAGAACUCUUCAGGUUCUGUGAUAGGCUUGGGGGACAGCAACAGCCUAUUCAAUACUUCAAUAAGAUGUACAAGAGGAGAAAUAAGUAGUAUUAUUACUUAACUAUAUAAUAGCUAGUUCGGUUGGUCCCUGCGUGGACAAUGAGCUAUAAAUAGUAAGUAGAGAACAAAAUAAGGCAGGUUGUUAUUUUGUCAUUGGCUGGUAGCUUGGAGAUUGGGCAUCUCGAACUGUCCCACCCUUGUACCCCUUUACCGACUUUCUCUCUCUCUCAAUAAACUGAU